AUGACAGGGAAGACUGAGUCAGCAGAAACAUCUCAAGGGAGUGAAAGCUUCAUCUUCACAGGAGAUCUGUCCCGUAGAACCCUGUUCCGUUUGCUCGGGCCGUUGCUAGUUUGCGGUAUUCCUACCUCUCAGCCAGCUUUCGCACAGGACCUUGUUAGGGACGACAAGGUGGGAGAGAACGUCAGGAAAGCUGCGUCCAAAAUCCCUGGUUUCGGACCCAAGGAUGUUUUCUACCCGGAUUCCUUCCGUGGUAAAUGGAACGUAGAACGUACCAUCACCGGCGUUGAGCUCCUCGCGGCGAUUGAAGAUCAAGACUUGUACAAGAAGGUACUGAGUAGAAAAGACAAAGUUGAGCAGUACACAACGAGAUACAUCCCGAAGGAAGAUGGCACGAUAGCAGACCGGGAAUACAACACCCGACAGCUGCUUGCUGCAGAGGACGAGAAAGGCAUGGAUGUGCAGUGGAGUGCAAGCAACCCAAACGUCCUCACCGUUUCCUACCCUGACGGAAGGAUUGAGGAGCGCAAAGUGACCAAGAGGAGCAGCUCCAUGGGAGGGGACGGAAGUACGGCAGAGUUCACCGAGUUUGUACGCAUUGCUCAGCUGCAGAACGCUGGGUCCCUCACUGGGGUUGCACCAGCUCCCAGGAUCUCAGCUCGAUGGUAUAGAUGCAGGUUCAGAGUGGUGGACGCAGACACAGUAGAGAGCAUCCUCCUCGAGUAUGUUCUGCCUGAUGCUCGACCUGAUCCAAAGGACGCUUGGAUGAAAGUGAAGUACAUCAGCAGACUCAAGCGAGUUGCAUGA